GGCCUCAUCCUUUACCAUGARAGCGUCACAUGGAGCACAGACCCGACACAAUGAGCCUGAUGGACAUCAACAAGAUGUUCUCCAUGCUGCAGCCCGGGGAUGACGAGGAGGACGGCGGGGACAGCGAGGAGCUGAGCCGGGCGGUGUGCGAGGACGAUCACGAGAGGCUGGACAGGCUCCUGUCCCAGGAGCGCUACAAGAAGCUCAUCAACCGCAGGAGCGGCUGGGGCGUCCCCAGCACCCCCCUGCGCCUGGCGGCCACCUGGGGCUGCGUGCGGAGCCUGCGGGUGCUGCUGGCGCACGGCGCCGAGGUGGACAGCCUGGACGUGAAGGCGCAGACCCCGCUCUUCGUGGCGGUCAGCAACGGGCACGGCGAGUGCGCCCGGGCGCUGCUGGAGAGCGGCGCCAGCCCCGCGGGCAGCGCCUACAACAACUGCUCGCCGCUGCUGCUGGCGGCCCGCGACGGCCGCGCCGACAUGGUGAGGCUGCUGCUGGAGCACGGAGCCCAGGCCAACGUGCAGGCCCGGCUGCCCGAGUGGGCGGCCAACUCGGUGGCGUGCUCGGGGCCGCUCUACCUGGCGGCCGCCUACGGGCACCUCGAGUGCUUCCGCCUGCUGCUGCUGCACGGCGCCGACCCCGACUACAACUGCACGGACGCGGCGCUGAUGGCGCAGAUCCGCGAGCCCAARACGCUGCUGGAGAGCUGCGUGAGGCACGGCUGCCGCGCCGCCUUCGUCAGGCUGCUCAUCGACUUCGGAGCCAACGUGUACCUGCCCGGCGUGCCCGCGGACGGCGCGGCCCCGCGCAGCGAGGGGCUGCAGCUGCUGCUGCACGCCAGAGCUCAUCCCAARUCCCUGCUGUCCCAGUCCCGGCUGGCCAUGAGGCGCCUCCUGAAGCAGCCGGGCCACCUGGCCACCCUCAGAGAGCUGGAGAUCCCCACAGCCCUGGUCAGGUACCUGCAGCACCAGCCGUGAUCCCCAGCCUGCCUCCAGGGACACCUGCUCCCAGCA